GAAGCAGACAGGUAGCGUCAAAGUCGGACACGCGCAUUGUCAUCAUCACUGAUCCGCUCGCAGAGCUGCUGCGCACUACCAGGCUAUUGACACGACGCACACUAUUAGUGACACAGAGAGGAAAGCACAAUUUCAGACGACGAUAAAAAGCUUCGUAAAAAGGCAAACACGGAGUAGACGGUGAGACACCAUGAGGUUGGUCCUGUCGGUGGUGUUUUGUGGAGCUCUCGUUGGGCUGGCAGCGUUCACAGAAGCAGCCCCUAGCAGCUCGGGUGGAGAUGGCGACAUCUCGUUCGAAUACCAUCGCUACGAUGAGAUGCGAAAGGCGCUUGUGUCCGUUUGGUUGCAGUGUCCUGACAUCUCGCGUAUCUACACUAUCGGUGAAAGCUUUGAGGGCCGCGAGCUACUGGUCCUGGAGAUGUCUGACACCCCAGGAGUUCACGAAGCAGGUGAGCCCGAGUUUAAGUACAUUGGGAACAUGCAUGGGAAUGAGGCAGUGGGGCGUGAGCUGCUGAUCUACCUGGCCCAGUACCUGUGCAACCAGUACCAGCAGGGCAACGACACCAUCAUCAACCUCAUCCACUCCACACGCAUACACAUCAUGCCCUCCAUGAACCCCGACGGCUUUGAGAAGGCUGCCACUCAGUCAGGUGAGAUGAAGGACUGGUUUGUGGGUCGCAGUAAUGCACAGGGCAUUGAUCUGAACCGGAACUUCCCCGACCUGGACCGCAUUGUCUACAUGAACGAGAGAGAUGGAGGACCCAACAAUCACCUGCUGCAGAACAUGAAGAAGGCAGUGGAUGAGAACACCAAGCUGGCCAAUGAGACCAAAGCGGUCGUCCACUGGAUAAUGGACAUUCCCUUCGUCCUGUCUGCCAACCUGCAUGGAGGAGAUGUAGUGGCCAACUACCCCUAUGAUGAGACACGCAGUGGCUCUACACACGAGUAUAGCGCAAGCCCUGAUGAUGUCAUCUUCAAGAGCCUGGCCCGUGCCUACUCCAGCCUGAACCCCGUGAUGUCAGACCCCAACCGCCCCCCGUGCAGGAAGAACGAUGACGACUCAAGCUUCAAGGAGGGCAUCACUAAUGGAGGGGCCUGGUACAGCGUGCCUGGAGGCAUGCAGGACUUUAAUUAUCUGAGCAGCAACUGCUUUGAGAUCACUCUGGAGCUCAGCUGUGAUAAGUUCCCUCCUGAGAACACCCUGAAGCUCUACUGGGACGAGAACAGGGACUCCCUCGUCAGCUACAUAGAGCAGGUCCACCGUGGGGUGUUUGGCUUUGUGAGGGAUCUCGGGGGUAAACCAAUCUCCAACGCCUCUGUGUCUGUGGAGGGCAUCGAUCAUGACGUGACUACAGUUAAGGAUGGUGAUUACUGGCGUCUUCUGGCUCCUGGGAACUACAAGGUGUCAGCCUCAGCGCCUGGCUACCUGACAGUCAUCAAGAAAGUGGCUGUUCCCUACAGUCCUGCCACACGGGUGGACUUUGAGCUGGAGUCUCUUGAGGAGAGGAAAGAGGAAGAGAAGGAGGAACUUAUGGACUGGUGGAAGAUGAUGUCAGAGACACUGAACUUCUAAUUGGUCUUCAUCCUCAUAUCUCACGUCUGAUUGGCUGCUGCAGUGUGAGCCAUUGAGAUGUAAAAUAUUUAGUCUCCUGUAUGUCUGCUCACUUGCUGUAAUGAAUGCACCAUUUUUAUUUGGCGUUUCAUUUCUGUUUUUAACAAUUAUCUUUAAUGUUCUUGUAAUAAGUAUAAGCUGCCUAUUUGUGUUUUGUGGAAUCAUACACCAGCCUCACCCCUAUUCUAGACAAAGACAUAAACACACAACUAUUGUGCAGUCAUAAGCACUGAUAUUGUGUGCAAAGAGGAACACACACACACACACACACACACACACACACACACACACACACACACACACACACACACACACACACACACACACACACACACACACACACACACACACACACACACACACACACACACACACACACACACACACACACACACACACACACACACACACACACACACACAAGCACAUUUUUUGGCAGUAUGUGGUGCAGACUGUCCUCCUUUGUGAAGUUGUGUUCUUCCUUGUUCAUGUGAGGUUUUCUGUAAUCAUGGUCACCAAAUCUAUAAUCAGUCAGGACACUGUGUUGUGUUGAAUGUAUGCUAUAAAGAUGAUAAUAAUUAUGAAUGACGCUUGUACAAAGACACAACAUACACACUCACAUACAGAAUACACACAUACAUAGACACAGACAGACACACACUUUCCUAACCAUAGGGAACUUUCAAAUGAAAGAAUGAAUUUAGAAUUUAAACUUAAAUAUAUCAUAGACAGUGGGCUGGUAUUAUGAUACUGUAAACUUGUCAGUAUAAUUCAAAUUUUAAUACAGCACAAAUGUAAUUAAUGUUAUUUUAUUACAGUAGCAAAUAGGCUAAGAUUAUGUAGGGUUGGUUGUAUCUGUUGCACAAGUAAUGUAACAUAGAGGAAAAUAAUGUACGCCAUAACAUGCACACAGUUUUACACACAUGAACAUGCACUAUAUAUACAAACAUUUUUAUCAGUCCCAUUCUGUCUACGUUUCUGAGUUAGUAUUCAAGUAUUACAUAUGUAGGGUCAUACACACAAGGGAGCACUCCACUAAGCACAUAUACACAUACACACACAUCCCCACACACAGACAUGAUUUCCUCUGCUCCCUCCAAUUGAUGUUACUCCAGGUUUUCCCGUCACCUUUAACCUGAGCCAAGGAUGUCCAUUGUGAGGAUAUCCAUUACUAAGCUCUGCACUUGGAGUCAGUGACCCAGUCAAGUGAUCAUCAAUGCCAAUGAAAUGAGCUGAGAUUAUUUGACCAAUAAAGGCCCUUCUAUCUGUUGUCA